AUGCAGGCGCUCAACAUCACCGCGGAGCAGUUCUCCCGGCUGCUGAGUGCGCACAACCUGACUCGGGAGCAGUUCAUUCAUCGCUACGGGCUGCGACCGCUGGUCUACACUCCGGAGCUCCCCGCGCGCGCUAAACUGGCCUUUGCGCUGGCAGGAGCUCUAAUUUUUGCCUUGGCGCUCUUUGGCAACUCUCUGGUCAUCUAUGUGGUGAGCCGCAGCAAGGCCAUGCGCACCGUCACCAACAUCUUCAUCUGCUCUCUGGCACUCAGUGAUCUGCUUAUUGCUUUCUUCUGCAUCCCCGUCACGAUGCUCCAGAACAUCUCCGACAAGUGGCUGGGUGGUGCCUUCAUCUGCAAGAUGGUGCCAUUCGUCCAGUCCACUGCCGUUGUGACGGAAAUCCUCACCAUGACUUGCAUUGCUGUUGAGAGGCACCAAGGACUUGUCCAUCCUUUUAAAAUGAAGUGGCAGUACACCACUCGAAGGGCUUUCACAAUCUUGGGUGUGGUCUGGUUGGCGGCCAUCAUCGUAGGAUCACCCAUGUGGCACGUGCAGCGUCUUGAGAUUAAGUAUGACUUCCUAUAUGAAAAAGAACAUGUCUGCUGCUUGGAAGAAUGGGCCAGCCCCGUGCACCAGAGAAUCUACACCACCUUCAUCCUCGUCAUCCUCUUCCUCCUACCUCUUGUGGUGAUGCUUGUCCUCUACAGCAAGAUUGGCUACGAACUGUGGAUCAAGAAGAGAGUCGGAGACGGUUCAGCGCUUCAAACUAUCCACGGGACAGAGAUGUCCAAAAUAGCCAGGAAGAAGAAGCGGGCUGUCGUUAUGAUGGUGACAGUGGUGGCUCUCUUCGCGGCGUGCUGGGCACCUUUCCACGUCGUUCACAUGAUGGUUGAGUACAGCAAUUUUGAGAAAGAAUAUGAUGAUGUCACAAUCAAGAUGGUUUUUGCUGUCGCACAAACAAUCGGCUUUUUCAACUCCAUCUGUAAUCCCUUUGUGUAUGCGUUUAUGAAUGAAAACUUCAAAAAGAAUUUUUUGUCUGCGGUUUGCUAUUGCAUAGUAAAAGAAACCUUCUCCUCAGCACGGAAGCCUGGAAACUCUGGAAUUUCUAUGAUGCAGAAGAGAGCAAGGUUGUUGCGACCACAGCAUCCAGUGGAGGAAACCAAAGGAGACGCGUUCAGCGAUGCCAACAUUGAUGUCAAACUGUGUAAGCCCCUGGGGGAGAAGAGGCAGCCCAGGCGACAGCUUGCCUUCUUUAGUUCUGAACUUUCUGAAAACUCUACUUUGGGCAGUGGACAUGAAUUGUAA